AUGAUUAGGAAAAAUAUUUUUGGAGGAUGCAAUAAUAAAAAUAAAUCUUCUUGUAUUUUCAAUGAUAAGGUUUACUAUUGUUCUAGUUCUAACAUACUAAUAUCUGAUGACAUAGAAAUAAAAGAUGUUAUUUUUUUAGAUAACAAUUUAAAUUUUUUAAAAGUUCACACGGAAAAUUUUCUUCUUAGUGGUGAUAUUUUAGGAAAUCUUUAUAUUAUAGAAAAAAACACAACUAUGAAAAAUCAACAUUGGCUUAUUGAUAAAAUUAAAUUUACAGAAUCUUUGCAGGAAGCUAUGUUUAUAGACGAAAAUAUUAUUUUAUGUAUUUUUUUAAAAAAAAUUAUAUUGUACAACUAUGCAAAUAAUAACGAAGUAAUUCUUUUUGAUUUAAAUUUAAUAAUUACUGCAUCACUUUUUGUUCAAGAUUUUAUUUUAAUUGGAACAGCAGAAGGAGAUGUGAUUAUUUACGAUAAAAAUAUGAAAUUAAUUAAUAAACACAAAGCACACGAAGAUCGUAUUCAAGAUAUUAACUACAAAAUUAUUGAUAACAAGUGUUUUAUUGCGACUAGUUCUAAAGAUGCUACUAUUAAAGUGUGGGAACUUUUUUCUAAUAAUUUAUUGUUUCUACAAACACUAGUUGGACAUAGUGAUUGGGUAAAUCAAGUAAAUUGGACAAUUGAUAAUUACAUCAUCAGUGCUUCAUUUGAUAAAACAAUAAUGGUUUGGAAACUUACGGAAAGUAACAUAUGGGAAUGUGAAUCUAUAUUAGGUGGUGUAAAGCCUUUUAUAAAUGCUUUUAAAUUUAAAGAUUAUAUAAUUGGACAAUCUUCUACAGGAUCAUUUUAUAAAUUUAAUGAAUGUAUCAGUGAUUUCUUAUCUGGUCAUACAAAUGAAAUUUCCAGUUUGGAUUGGAAUGAUAAAUAUCUUUUAACCACUUCUUUAGACAAAACAGCCAGAAUUUUUUAUAAAAAUAGAGAAGUUGGAAGACCUAUAACUCACGGAUAUGAAAUAUCAGCAGGAAGAUUUAUUAAUAAAAAAAGUCUUUCUGUUAUUAUAGGAGCUUAUGAAACCAUAAUACGUGUUCUAGAUCCAACUUACAUAUUUUAUAUGUCCUGCGAAUGGAUGAAAAAAAAUCAUGUUGAGGAUUCAACUUUCGAUUUUUUUAAAAACCUCAAUGAUUUAAAAAUUGCUGCUGUACCAGCCGAACUAUCUCUAACUAAUGAUGCCUUAGAGGAUUACGAAUUUGAAAAUGUUAAUGAAUAUCUUUUAUCUACUACCAGUUUUAUGGAGGUAAAGAAGAUUUAUGGGCAUUAUUUUGAGAUUUCAGAUAUUGCAGUUUCUGAAAAUUUUAUUGCAUCUUGUAAUAAAUCUUUAAGUAAGAAAUUUGGUGGAAUAUUUCUCUGGAAUAAAAAUUAUGAAAAUAUUGCAUAUUUAGAAGUACACUCUUAUGGAAUCAUAAAAAUAAAAAUCUCACCAGAUGAGAAGUAUUUGUGUUCAGUUAGUAAAGACAAAACAUCCUGUAUUUAUGAAAUUAGAGAAGGAUUAAAUCUAAAAUACAGGAACUUUGAUCAUAAAAGGAUUAUUUGGGAUUGUGCUUUUUCAUUUGAUUCUAGAUUUUAUGCAACAUGUAGUCGUGAUAGAAAAAUAUUUGUUUAUGAUUUGCAUAAAGACAAUAAAUGCAUAUCAGUUCAUGAAUUUGAUAGUGAAGUUACAGCUUUGGACUUUUCACCAGUUAAUUAUCUACUAGUUGUCGGUACAGAAAAAGGAAAUUUAUAUCAAAUUGUUUAUGAAAAUGAGCAAUUUAUUUUACAAAAAGAUUAUUUGUGUGCUCACAGUCAAAGAAUUAAUUGUAUAAAAAUUAAUCAGACAGGUGAUGUAAUGGCUACUGGAGGUAAAGAUGGAUUAAUUAAUAUUUUUGAACUAUAA